AUGCCUAAAGCCUAUGAAACCAUAGACAAAGAAUGUCAUGAUUGUGGACAAUAUGGUUCGCAAUGGUGUUCGAUCAACCAUGGUGUUCUCCUAUGUGAUGAAUGUUGCAGUGUACAUUUAAGUCUUGGUCGACAUGUAUCACAAAUAAAAUCUUUCAAACGAAACUAUUGGCCACCAAGUCAAUUGAAUCUGAUAAACGAAUUAAGGUCAAAUGGUGCUAAUUUCAUAUGGGAAUAUAGUCUACGCGAUCCACAAAAUAAAUUUCCGAGAAAAAAGCCAUCAGCUAAAGAUCCACUUCCAAUUAAAGCUGAUUUUAUUCGAACUAAAUACCAACAAAUGGCUUAUAUCAAUCGACUAAAAGAUGACACACAGGCAGCAUUUGAAGAUUUAAACUUACAAUUACAUUCGAUUGUUCGUACAGAUAAUAUUAUAACAUGUUUACGGUUUUUGUCUCAAAAUGCUGAUCCAAAUUUUCGAAAUCCGGAAACAGGAACAUCACCGAUUCAUGUUGCUGCAAGUCGCGGCCAAUCAAAUCAAAUUGAACUUCUUUGUAUCUUUGGUGGCAAUCCUGCUACAAUUGAUGCGGCUGGCAUUUCACCAGAAGAACAUGCCAGAAUAAAUGGAUAUACAGAUUUAGCCGAUCGAUUAAUUGAACUUCAAUAUGAAUUAACUGAUAGACUUACAUGUUUUAUUGGUGGCAAACGACCAAAUCAUAAAACUAAUCAGCACAUAGUUCUACCAGAAUUGAAUGACAAUUUCGAUAAUUCGAGUCAGACAUUAGCAGCUCGUCAAAAACUUCAACAAUUACCAAAUUCAAUCUUUGAAGAUUUAGCAAUGGAUGUAUUCGAUGAAGUUGAACGACGAGAAUUAAAAACAAUAUGGCAUGCACAAGUUGAUCAAGAAUUGAUUCCGUUACAUGUAGUACCAUUUUUACCCGUCAAUCCAUCAUUUUCAGCAACAAGAAAUCAAGGUCGACAAAAAUUAGCCCGAUAUGAAUUAAAAAAUUUUAAUCGAUUUAUUUAUGAUAUAUUACAUGAAGUUAGUCGACGAUAUUAUGAUUUUAUUCAACAACCAUCAGUUUCAUCGACAACAAAAUGCAGCACAUUACCUCGACAAACGAAUGACUCAAUGAUAGUAUUGAUUGAUUCUGAUGAUGAACCUUUCUACGAUAAAGUUGCAUCGGACGAUGAAUAUAGUAACUAUAGUAAUAAAAAACAGCAGAAACCAACCAAAUUAAAGAAAAAAUUAACUAAAAAGUUAACAAAAGAUCAAUCUAGUGAUGAUGUAUUUCAAUUUCCACCAGAAGAUGCAGGUUCAUUUAAUGAUUCAACUGGAAAUCAUUUUUCAUCCGAUCUAAAAUCUCGAAUUAUGAAUACUGAAAUGCAAGUCAAAUAUCUAGCAUGCGCUCAUACAGAUUUAAAAAAUGAAUUAUCUGUCCUACAUCAAAUGAUUCAACGACUACUUGAUGAAAAUCUUGUAAAUAAAAUUGAUCGACAAGUAGUAACUGAUACAUCUACUAUUAUUAAUUUCGAUGAAACAAACAGAAGAAUAAAAAAACCAAAUCAACGAUUAUUAGAUAAUCAUAGUCGUAAAUCAAGUCCCUUUAUUGAAAGCGAUUAUGACAAUACAACAAUGAUUGAUGCUAUUGAAAAUUUUUCGUCGUCGAAUUUAAUCAGAACAACAUUGCCUAUUCAUGAUAAACGCAGAUCGAGUCGCACUAUGCAAAGAUUUCCACUCUUAGAUGAUACGUCAUCAAACAAUAUUCGUUCGUAUCGAUCAACAGAUAUUAUUAAUAAAAAUUCAAAAGUAUCGAAUCCAACCUAUGUAGUAAAUUCAUCGCAACAACCAACAAAACAAAAUAUACCAAUACAUAUAACUCGAUCUCGGUCAUGUUCUGGUGGACGAAAUAAAAGAAAUUUACCACAAACUUUACUGCGAAAAAGUUCGUUCAAUCGACUAGAAAUCAACCAUGAUGUUGAUAAGCGUACACGAGAAAUUACACAGCGUAUAGGAGAAUUAUACAGUUCGAUCAAAACCAAUCAAAUUGAUGGAUAUGGAAUUUAUGCUGAAGAAAUAAAUAAUUCAGUUCAACGCAUGAUGGAACUGUCGGAACGAUUGUCAUUCAAUGAAGAUAUUCGAGCCAAUCUCGAUAUGUUAAAUACAAGUGCACAACAGCUGUUAGAUCAUACAACAUUUAAAGGAAAAGAUUCAACCAUGCAAAUACAAUUUAUUAUUGAUGAUUGCUAUAGAAUUGCACUUGCAACAAGGAAUCUUUCAAAUCUUUACCAGAAAAUAUAG